AUGGAGUUUGUUCAACACUGGCCUCACCUCAACACCGACCAUCACAACAGCGACCACCGCAACGGCGACCACCGCAACGCCGACCACGCAACGCGACCACCACAACGCCGACCACCACGCAACGCACCACGCCGCAACGCACCCAGCAACGCACACAACGCCGACCACCGCAACGCCGACCACCGCAACCACCACCGCCAACGACGCAACGCCGACCACACACGCGACCACCGCACGACCACCACACGCCGACCACCGCAACGCCGACCACGCAACGCGACCACGCCACACGCCGACCACCGCAACGCCGACCACCGCAACGCCGCACAGCAACGCCGACCACCGCAACGCCGACCACCGCAACGCCGACCACGCAAACGCCGACCACGCAACGCCGACCACGCAACGCCGACCACCGCACGCACCGACCGCAACGACCAACCACCACGCACGCGACCACCGCAACGCCGACACACCGCAACGCCGACCACGCAACGACCACCGCAACACCGCCCACGCGCCACCGCCACCGCAAACGCGACCACCGCAACACACGCAACGCCGACCACCGCAACGCCGACCACGCACCGCACACCCGAUCACCACAACGCCGACCACGCAACACACCGACCACCGACCACCACCAACAGCGACCACCGCAACGCCGACCCACCGCAACGCCGACCACCGCAACGCCGACCCGACCACCGCAACGCCGACCACCGCAACGCCGACCACCGCAACGCCGACCACCGCAACGCCGACACCGCAACAGCCGACCACCGCAACGACCACAGCACCGACACACCGCACCACGACCACGACCACCGCAACGCCGACCACCGCAACGCCACCGCACCACCACCGCAACACCGCAACGCCGAUCACCGCAACGCCGACCACACGCAACGCCGACCACCGCAACACCGACCAACCCGACCACAACACGACCACGCCGAACCACCGACCACACAAACCGACCAACCGCAACGCCGACCACCACCAACGCAACGCAACCGACCACAGCAACGCCGACCACAACGCAACGCCAACCACGCAACGGCGACCCGCAACGCCGACCACGCAACGCCGACCACCGCAACAACCGACCACCGCAACGCCGACCACACGCAACACCGACCACCGCAACACCGACCGCAACGCCGACCACCACCACGCACCACGCAACCACCGCAACACGACCACCGCAACACCGACCACCGCAACACGGCGCACCACCGCAACGCACGACCACCGCAACGCCGACCACCAACGCAACGCCGACCACCGCACACCACGACCACCGCAACGGCCGACCACCGCAACACCGCACCACCGCAACGCCGACCACCGCAACGCCGACACCGCAACCGACCACCGCACCCCCACCGCAACACCGACACCCGCAACACGACCACCGACACCGACCGCAACGCAACCACCGAAACACCGAUCACCGCACACCGACCAACCAACACCGACACGCGCAACGCCGACCACCGCAACGGCGACCACCCGCAACACCGCAAACGAACCACCAACCGCACCACACCGCAACACGACACCGCAACCGACCACCGCAACGCCGACCACCGCAACACCGCCAACACCAACACCGACACCAACACCGACCACCGCAACACCGACCACCGCAACGCCGACCGCAACCACGCAACACCGACCACCGCAACGCCGGCCACCACAACACCGACCACCAAAACACCGAUCACCGCAACACCGACCAACCCAACAGCGACCACCGCCCCCACAGGCAGCUCAAAGCUCUUUGAGGCGAGAUGGGUUAAGUGUCUUGCCCAAGAACACAACGAAAGGAAGGAGCUCAUUGUUCACACAUUGUUUUGA